CAACCAUCGGCGCGACUGCUUUACAAAGCCCAUUCCGGUUCAAUUUCAAAGCAACGACAAAAGUCAUCCCAUAUUCUUAGACCAAGGACAAGGACGUACGGAAAGUACGUCUUUGGUCCAGCUUUUAUUUGCUGCACCGGCUCCUCGAUACACAGCAUACCCCACCUAGCGAACCGGCAUCAUGACGAUACCGAGCUCAGACGUUCGAAGAGCGUUGGAGAGAUACUAUUUGGAAAUUGCCAGUAUUAUAUUGGCCCGCCAGAAUCCGGCCACGGGAUUGAUACCCGCGUCGGUGGCGAUAACCACUCAUGGCGAUUAUCGGGAUGCCUGGGUGAGAGACAAUGUGUAUUCGAUCUUUGCCGUGUGGGGCCUGGCGCUCGCAUAUCGGCGCAUUGAUGAUGAUGAUGGGAGAGGAUAUGAACUGGAGCAUGCCACGAUAAAGACCAUGCGUGGGCUUUUGUCUGCUAUGAUGCGACAAGCGGAUAAGGUGGAACUCUUUAAGAAUACUCAAGCUGUUCAUCAUGCAUUACAUGCCAAGUACAAUACGCAAACAGGUGGAACAGUCGUAGGAGAUCACGAAUGGGGCCACCUCCAACUUGACGCAACCAGUAUCUUCCUCCUGGCUCUUGCCCAGAUGACGGCAAGUGGGUUGCGGUUAAUUUAUACGAUGGACGAGGUCCAGUUUGUGCAAAAUUUGGUAUUUUAUAUUGAGCGCGCAUAUAGAACUCCUGAUUAUGGCGUAUGGGAGAGAGGAAACAAAGUCAAUCACGGGCAACCCGAGUUGAAUUCGUCGAGUAUUGGAAUGGCUGUCGCGGCGUUGCAAGCCAUCAAUGGAAUCAACCUCUUUGGAGCAAGAGGUGGACCUUCAUCGGUCAUACAUGUUCUGCCCGACGAACUCACACGCAAUGCAACUACACUCCAGUCCGCCCUCCCGCGUGAAUCCGCGUCAAAAGAAAUUGACGCUGCCCUGCUUGCUGUGAUCUCUUUUCCAGCAUUUGCGGUACAUGAUCCACAGCUUGUUGCCCGUACGCGGAACGAGAUUGUAAAGAAGUUAGGGGGAAAUUACGGGUUUAAACGCUUUUUGAGAGAUGGCCAUCAGACCGUCUUGGAAGACACCACUAGGCUGCAUUAUGACCCAUCGGAGCUCAAGGUGUUUGAAGGAGUUGAGUCGGAGUGGCCCUUGUUCUAUACUUACAUGAUCCUGGAUGGGCUUUUUCGAGACGAUUUCGAUCAAGUGAGAGAGUAUCGUCGAAAGCUUGAUCCAUUACUCGUCGAUUCAGCAAGAAUUCCCAAAUUCAACCGUGAACGCAUAGCCCACGCAUCGCAUCCAUCUUCCAUGACACGUUCCCCAUCUGUCACAAAGCAAACCCUUCCCCCAGCUCAUAUGCGUCUGGUCCCAGAGUUAUUUAUCGUUCCCCGCCAAUUGGUGGAAGCAGAGAAAGCUCAGCCGGGCUCACAAGAGCGUGUUCCAAAUGAGAACGUUCCACUUGUUUGGGCGCAGAGUUUAUAUAUUCUGGGUAACUUGAUAUACGAUGAUCUCCUAUCGCCUGCAGAAUUGGAUCCACUUGGUCGUAGAAUUGCUGCUAGUCGUCGUAAGAGCCAUUCAGAAGUGGUUGUUCAGGUGGUACUCUUGUCGGAGGAUGAAGAGCUCCAAGAAAAGUUGAUGAAAUUCGGCUUGGAUACGCAGACAGUUCAAAACUGUGCCCCGGUGACAAUUUCACCUCCGUCGGCAUUGAGAGAUGCGUAUACCGCUCUAGGCGAGAAUCCAAAAUUGAAAUUGACCGGCAGGCCUAAGCGGCCAAUUGGUACCCUCAGCACUUGCAAAUUGUAUCGCUGCCAGGGGAGGCUUUAUGCGUUCACUCCUCACUUUAUGGAUAAGGAGGAGUUCUAUCUUGUCAGCGACAAUGACUAUUUGGUUAGUCUUUUUGAACAGGAACUAUCGUUUGUCCGAAACCACUGGUUCUCCACUGGACGACCGACGAUGGUCGUCAUGCUGACACGUGAAAUGCUCGGAGGGCUGCGCGGUGCCGAGCAGAAAUCCCAAGGAUGGCGCACGCGUUCUGCCCACAGCAGCAAACGCAACCUUCUGAAUUUCAUGAUGUCCUUGCGAUCUGGUAAUGUCGGUGGCGUCCGGACACGACUCGGUCGCCUGGGUGAUAUGAUCAAUACCGCUUGCAUUGAGAGUUUGGACUUCCUUGUGAGUGCUGAGAACAGUGACUACGAGGACUGGGCCACGUUGUUGAAGGGAGAAGAGACUUGUUUGGAGGCUUCCAGACUGUCGUAUUCGGAGCACGAUACAGAAGAGACGAGCAAAGAGCGAAUACAUUCCGCGGGAUCGUUACCUCGAAGAAGGAUCCGACGACGUGGAAGUAUGGAUUUAAUGAACCCGAAAAGUCCCUUGGCGAGCCCCUGGUAUACUGAUGAGCCUUUAUUGAGCGAUUCGUUCAUGCUUCAUGAUCAUGUAGACCAUGAUCAGAGACCUGCAAUGGGUCUCGUAGAAGAACAACCCAUCAGAGUGCAUUCACCUAUUCGUGGUCUAGCCACGAACUUGUUUGAAGACAAGCAAACUGAUGGAGCUGUGACCACGGACGGUGAACCUGCUCGGACCGACGGUGAAUCAGAAAAGGACAGCGCUCAGAGCGGGACUCCCCCAGAAGUUCUCACUUUGACACUCAAUGACCCAGAUCGUGUGGAUGAAGCCAUCCAGCUUCUGGAGCGAUCUGCGAAUUUAUACGAUCAAAUCGAUCUAUUGCACUACCUCCAGUCUUGUCAAGGGCUGGAUUAUUACAUCAAAAACCUCGGUACAAUCUCCAGCCUGCUGGAAGAAGUGUACGUCAAGGCAAUGCAUUUGCGACAAUGGAGCAUUGUGCGGCAGGCGGCAGGGUUGUUGAAGAAGGUUGUCAACUCGUUGACGAUCAAUGUGGCGGAUCUUUUGAUUCGUCAGCGCCCUGUAACAGUGGGCUUUGGAACAGAGGAGACAUUUAUCACUUCUCCAAUGAACCCGGGAGCUUUGAAAGAGUUGAUUUAUCAACAUUGCGCCAGCGAUGUACGGGAAGCGCCGCUGGUACAAGAGGUUUUAACUUACCUCGGCUCGUUCAUUCGGGGAAAUCCACACAUGUUCGAAGGUAUCAUGCGUAUUCGCACGCACUUUUUCAUCAUUGCGAUGAGAGAAGAGAUUUCGCGCUUGAAAGGCUGCAACGAAGAAGAAGCUGUAGAACAUCUUAUGCAGCUUAGUCCCUACGAAAUGAAGAGCGUGCUUGGUCAAGUGCUGGCUGCUCACGACAAUUGUAAUGCACCGGAUGCAGCGCCGGGAUUGUCCUCUGUGGCUCGUUGGAAACAUCUUGGCCAUGUACAGGUACAGGGAACCGAGUCAACUUCAUUGAGGCUUUCGAACAUUGGAGCCAAUUUGCCCACCGAAUUGGCGAUCAGCGUCCAAUCCGCUGGAUUUGCGGCUGGCAAUUUUGCAAAGAUUGAAGUUAAGCGGGAUGGAGCCAUUCAAGCCAUCCGAGGUGCGCUCGGACGUGGAUUGAAUGUCGCGGUUUUAGAUCCGUUGGAUGGAACGGUUUUAGAAAGGGUGUCAUUUGAUACUCACAUUUCCAAGGAAGAGUCGGAAGAUUUCGCGAAAUUGGUUGAAUGGCUGGAGCCGGGAAUGAUUGUCGUUGUGGCUGCGAUGGAUGAUGCAACGGAUCAUUUGACAGAUACCGCUCUGUCGGCUUGUGAGAGGUUAGGAUCCGCUCAAGUGAGGAACGUAAAGUACCGAGACUCGUGGUGCAUCAUUGGUGAAAAGGGUGCCGAAAAGGGCUCUGUACCAGAAUCGCAUCGUUCUGCAGACAAAGGUCCUACAGACGUGCUGACACGGGACAUUGAUCUUGGGCAGCGUCGGAAGAGUAUUUUGAAUCACGGAGGAACAACAUCGAAUGCGACGGCGAUGACACUGUUGUUGCCUUCGCAGGGCAGGUGGUUGAGGCGCCGAAAGAAUGAUGGGGCUUUGAAUCGCGUCCCACCAGACUUUUAUCCAAAGGUUUGGAAUGUUUUGAGUCGAACGGAAGGGAUUGUGGUUGGGAAACAGUUUCUGCCGAGCAAUCCAACAGUGUAUGAAAAGACUGCAGAGGAACUGAAUUUUGCUCUGCAAGUGGAAUCUCUCCUCGACGUUAUCCGCGAUCCGGCCGAGCGACAAGUCGCUGCAGAGUGUCUCAUGGUCAUUUCUCGCAUUGGUGAACGGAACCCUGAGAUUCAACUUCGAAAAGGUCGACUGGAUCUCAUGUCCAUUAUUCGGGACGCCAUCGAGACCUUUUGGAAUCAAUGGGUCAAGGAACAUGCGUCUUCCCAACAGCCAUCUGUUCAAGCGUCGCAACAAACCGAUAAAGAGGGAACAGGGGAGAUACCCAAUCUUGUUCAGCAAGUCAUGUCCCCGCUGCAACCACCUCUAAUGAGUCGCACCUCUGGACGAUCGUUGAGUGGGUUGAGCGUCAACACCAAUGUCGGAGAGGGCCGCUUAAACUCCUCCACAGCACUUUACGCAAAUUUAGAAUGCACACCAGCGCAACAAGCUGGGCUCCUUUCUCAGCCAUCCAGUGCCACCUUUACCAAUUUCCCCAGUUUGCCUGCUCAAUCUGGAACCAACAAUGUGGGCAAUGACUGGAGUUUUGAACGCAAUGAGCGGAUUGCCCGACGCUUGUUUUUCGAUUUGCCUCAGGAUGCGAUAUCGUCCACAACGUCCUCGUCCUUUGCAGGAUCGGAGACGGAUUCUGCAUUGGGGAGUAUGAGUACGACCUCGUCUACUGUUCAUGAAAUCGGAGGCACUAUGGAAUUUUUAGCGGGUAGCUGUGUGAAGUUGCUCUGUGAUGUCAAACUUGGAGGGGGAUUUUGAGACGAAGAUGCAGUUCAAGGGAGAUGUUGGAAUUUGAGGUGUCUCUCUGGUGCUUGAACCGAGAGAAUUUAUUUACGGACCAAUGACUUGUGUAUGUAGAUGUUUUUUCCCCCAAUGGGUAUGUACAUCAAAUGUGACGGGACCAGUCUAUCAUAUCACUAUCGAUUGGGACAUGC